GAAACUUAAACAACAGCUAAACUGUCCGUAUAAAUACAUAUAUUGACAAUUAGGCAACUCUAUCCAUCUCAACAAUUGCUGUUUUUACUUCAUUAAUCUAUAAUUUCAUUUUAGUUAAGUUACCUAUUUAUACGUACGAAAGUACAUAAGUAUGUACUACAUACUAUGUAGGUACAUAUGUAUGUAUGUCCAUAAGUAAUGUGCCCAUAGUUUAUGUGUUUAUUCACCACAUUGUCGACCAAAGUAACAUGACAAGUAAAGAAGUUGAGUUUUUAACGUUGAAUAUCAUUUUUCACCAAUGAUUAAAUUAAAAUAUUGCUCGGAACUGUAUCCCCUCUUGGGAAUAUUAAAGAAAUAAGAAAUAUGUGCUUUAUUCGUCCUCCCGAACUGUGUCAUAUACAUAUUAUUUGCAUUAGAACCAUUCCGCAAAGUGUAACCCACGUCGAAAAACGAUAUCUUGCCUCUUUACGAGUUUGAUUGAUCAGUUACCUGCCUGAGUUGAAAAAAGAAAAACGUACCGUAUCAGUCCUUCACUUGUUAAUUUGGCGAAUCAUUCACCCUGAAUGGUUACCCAUUUGAACUGUUUGUGUGACGAGUUGACGUUGUUCAGUCCAAAAAAUAUACCUAAUCAUGCAAUUGAAAUACAUAACCUACGUACAUGUGUUCUACUAAUUUGAGAUACAUUCAGAAUAAAGUCCACGUACAACACAUUUAUCACAACAAAGAUUAAAGAUAUGAAAAAUAUGAUGAAACUGGGAUGAAUAAAAGGCCCUGAGAAUCUCAGUAAAUGCAUCAGUCUUUUCUGCAAACUUGUCGCCAUGAAAACAACCAUCGUAUUCAUAACGCUUCUCGUCACCGCCGUGAACUCUCAGUGGUUCGCUAACCCGCCAUUUUACGCCUCGCAGUACACCACUGUGGGCGUAGCGCGUGGCAUAAUUACCGACCCGGUGGGAGACUUGCUUAUCUUGGGGAGAAGUCUUAACGGGAUUGCGGUCGUGUACGAGAGAGACAAUGGCGAUGGCACGAUUGACGUGGUCAAUCAGAGAAUCGUUGUAGUCAACGGGCUCAACCUGAACCAUGGCGUGGCGUAUAGUAAUGGGUAUAUUUAUGGAGGGAGUGCUCGGAAUAUUUACAGAUGGCCUUACACUCCAGGAAACAGGACACAAAUCGAUAUCGGAGAGGAAAUCGUGGUCACAGGUCUCCCCGAAGGAAACCAUGAUUCACACGCAAUCGUAUUCGACGCACAAGGUCGACUCUAUUGCAGUAUCGGGUCCAGAAAUAAUAUCGAUCUGGACUCCAACCGGUCCAAAAUUCUGAGAUUUGAGCUGACAGGGAAUUUACCGAAAUUAUAUGAAGAAGGAGAGCUUUUUGCCGACGGUCUCAGAAAUGAGGGGGGUCUAGCCUUCGACAAUAACGGCACCCUGUCGAAAACGGUGCGGACAACUUAUACCGGGAAGAUUUAGGUGGUGACAUUCACGAUUUGAACCCUGCCGAAGAGUUCAACCGUUUCGACGGACCGCUCGCAGAACACUUUGGUUAUCCGUAUUGUUUCAGUACGUAUGGGUUACCUGGAUACGCGGCAGGGACACAGUUCGCGUGGCCCGAUUUUAUGAACGAUUCGAUCCAUAGUGACGAUUGGUGCAGAAAUGUGAACAAUAAUCGACCGCCCCUGAUUGCCAUGUCGGCGCACGAAGCCCCCCUUGGCUUUGACUUUUAUCGGGGUCAAAACUGUGGCAAUGGAGGUGGCGCGUUUCCGUGCAACAUGACAGGCGACGCCUUCGUUUCCUUCCACGGGUCUGUCAAUCGCACUCCGGCGUCGGGUUAUCGAGUCGCACGUUUCCCAUUCAACGCAGCCGGAAACGCAACGGGGGAGGAGCUCAAUGUCAUUAGCGAGCUGGAUGUGGCUGGGUGCGCCGACGGGCCGUGUAUUCGACCGGUCGAUGCCGCCUUUAAUGACAACGGUCAUCUCUUCAUUACUACGGAUUAUCCAGGAAUUAUUAUUCGCGUAACGUACGGAACCCCUGGACCACGUGUGAGGAGAAAUAUUGAUAGCUUGAACUAAGUUAAUGAUCCACUUGUUGCAAUUCGUACUUAAUUGGGAAAUUUAAUAAAAAUCAAGUUAGAAAGUUCA